CACUGCACUGCCAUUAUUUUUCCAUUUGAGGUUAAAAAAAAUUGUGUGGUGGCGAUAUGUCUAAAGCGAAUGAACUCAAGGGUAAACCACCUGUCUAGAAAAACAUGAGACCAUAUGAGUCAUUUUCCAAGUGACCAACUCAGAGGAACUUGGUUUAAGUACUGAGCUUAGCUGUAUGCUUUAUUUGAGCUAAACCACAUUGCUCGCACUUCUGCUAAGGAGAGCAAAAGUUUUGCAUGUACAGAUUUAAUGUCUAUUAUCUUUAAGGAGAUGCAAUAAAAUUCAACUUGAACUGUACCAACUGCAGCUUAGUAAAGCAAAGUGUUUAGAAAAAUAACAUGCUGGCCUACACAAACAAGCAAACACUCUGAAAUGUCCAUCAUUCUGCACAACAUAAACUGUUAAGAUAUUUAUUACAGUUUUACAAAGCAUGUGAAAUGCUUAAUGACAUGUAAAAACUCAUAGAAAGGAAGCUCAUGUUGCUGUCCUUCACACAACAAAGCCGCACCAUGUACAGGAAGUCAACCUGAACUCUGACCACAAUGGACUUUGGCCAUUUUGAAUGGUUAGAGCCAAGUAAAAAUGCUAUAUCCAUGCAACUCUAAUCAUAUGAAACAGGUUACAUAUAUUUGAACAUUUAGCUAAAAAAAAACUUUCAAAGUUUAAGCCUUCUUUCCAUCUACUAUAAUGCAGUACUGUCAUUGGCCUCCAGGGGGAGACAGGAGCCAUCAUCUAUCCAUCCAUCCAUUUUCUAAACCACUUAUCAUAUGUACACUGAAGGAUGCUGGAACCUAUACCAGCAUCUCAUGCCAUAGGCAUUGAAACACCCUGAAUGGUCGUCUAGACGGAGCCAUCAAGCAUUAAAGUAUGAUUUAUCUGCAUACCCUUACGAAAAAGAGUAUACCAAAAAUACAAACAAAAAUUUAAACACAACUACAAGCCAAGUAUACCCCCUCCCCACCCCCCAACACACACACAUAAAAAGUAGACUGAAUGUAUACUUUCUUUCUUUUUAGUUCAAAAGAGGUAUACUUAUAUAGCACACUUGAAUAUACUUAUAUUUUUGUAAGGGUAUACUGGACUUGAGAGUGGGUAUACUGGAAAUGGAGAGGCUGCUCACUCCAUAGCCAACGGGUAGAGCUUGACAUCCAGCUCCCUGCCUCUGGACCGAAUUAGUGGAGCUAAAUGGUCCAACUACCCUAACUCUAACCUUACUAACUUACACAUGAACCUAAUUAGGUUAAGCUCCACUCUCUAAAUCCACAGAGGUGAAGCUGGACUAGGUUAAGAAAAUGUAAGCCAAUAACACCUUGAUAUCACUGAAACACUUACCAAGUUCAGUCACCAGAAAGUCACCGUUGGUGGAGACCCCAAAAAUGUGUAAAACUGUGAGUGAAUACAACCAGUGGAAGCAUACUUGGAAGAAAAAAGGCAUUACACUUUUUCCAGACAACGUUUUCAUUUGACCUUCACAUUACAGUUCAAAUUGUCUUCUUUUUUGAAAAAAAAAAGCAAACAAAAGACAACAACAACAACAACAACAAAAACAGCAUAAAAGUUUGGAAUGACAUGACGGUGAGUAAAUAGUAAUAGAAUUUUAAAGUCACCAUGAAAUUAAAAUUGGCCAUUCAUGUUUUUAAUGGAAUAUUAAAGUAUUUAUUAUAAAUUAUGUAAAUUUGGGUCGUGCAUUUCACUUUCUAUAAUUUGAGGAAGACUUCUGUGAAUAAAAGGAAGUGCUAUUUUUUUCUUCUAGUUUAUGUAAUUAUGUAAUAAUUAUUGUAAAGAGGAUUAGUGAUUUCUCAUUAUCAUAACAUGAUUUCCUCAAAAGUGUACCUUUGUACCUUUAGUCAUGAACACAAGUAUGACAACACACUGUAAUUCUAAAGUAAUUCUUAAACUAAAAUUCCUUGAAGUUACUGUUUUUCUUGUUCUCCACACCAGUCCUCUGUUACCAACAAAAUGUAAACUAAUAACUUACAACCAGUUGCACUCUGAAGUUAAGCGGGGUUGAGUCUCAUCAGUACCUGGGUGGGAGACAUUCUUGGCAAAACCAAGGUUGUUGCUGGUGUAGGUGAUAAGAAGGACAAUAGGAGGUGCCCACCCUGACACCUGCAUGGUUGUAUUAUCCCAGUAUGCUCCUGUCCAAAUGGUUUUGUAAUGGCCUGUAUGUUUUGGUGAAGUCCACAAGGGUAUCCCAAUUGUGAUAUUUGGUUUUAGAAUGGUGUACUUAUGCUGGGUCUUAUUUACGUGGACUACUACCCUCAUACUGGUGCUCCUGGAGACCUACUGUCCUGCAAAGCUUAGCUUCAACCCUAAUAAAACACACCUGAACUAGCAUGGUUCUUUAGAAUGACUUGAAAAUUACUGUCAGGUGUGAAACUUUGCAGGACAAUAGGUCUCCAGGAACAGGGUUCAUCACCCCUGCAUUAGAACACAAUUUGGGACAAGUCCUUUACCAAGACACUAUCCUGUAAAAAAGGCACUGUCCUUUGGAAGAGAUUUUGACUCUCAGAGACAAUCCUUUUCACUGAGGCAGUACCCCCAAAGAUAACCUUCGUACCUUAUCAAUGCUUAAAGAGUGCAGAUUAGUACAUUUUUUCCACAUUAUCUCUGACAGUGUGUGUUGUAAAAAAAAAAAAAAGAAAAUCCCACUUGUCUUCUUUCUCUCUGUGUAACAUGUCAGUGGUUCUUUGACAGAUGGCUGGCACUGAAUUUGUUUGCUAUGACAGGCACGUCUAGUCGAACAGGAAACAAGUUCAGAUAAUGAUCACAUUAUGCAGUCUCCAUUAUGCACUUUGGUGAAAUUUGUUUUGGUAAUUCAUCUGGAAAGCUAUCAAUGUACACCUGCUCUAAUGUACAAUAAAUAGUUGGGUGUCUAAUGAUGUUGCUGCUGGUGCCAUCUUGGAGUCGAGAGCUACUCAGACGACAGUUGUUCUCUAAGAAGGUAACACUCUCUUCUCGCAGUACAUCCCAUACCAUGUCAAUCCACCUUCUAUUCAACACCACCAACUCUGUAACAAACAAUGUUACUGAUAUAGCCGUGAGUACUGGUGCUGGAAUGAUCAUAGGAGCUCUGAUCCUCUGCCUUUUUUUACCUAUUGGCAUCUCUGGAAACCUCUUGAUCAUCUGGAGCAUCCUGACUCGAACUCGCCACCGUUCCAUCACCACCCUCCUGAUUCUAAACCUAGCCUGCGCGGAUGGAUUCCUGAUGUUUUUAUUGCCCUUUUUCAUUGUUUAUUUGGUAAAACACAGCUGGAUCUUUACCUUGCCACUGUGCAAGAUUCUGUUGUACCUCUGCAGUACCAACAUGUACGCUUCAAUAUUUUUGAUAACGCUGAUGAGUCUGCACAGGAUGGUGGUUGUCGUGUGGCGGAAACAUGCUGGUGUUCUGAGAGACCGGAGGGCACUCAUUCGGGUGUUGGUGGGACUGUGGAUUCUCGCUCUCUGUGUGUCAGUACCGAAUUCGGUUUUCUGGACCACUUUCAGGAGUGAGCAAGAGCCAAAGUUUGUAGUAUGUGCUUGUAAACAUUCACAGCCACGGGAUGUAAGUGUGAUACUCCAGCACUGUUUGGAAAUCCUGUUGGGUUUCUUGAUACCAUAUGGACUGAUCAUAGGCAGCUACGUGUGUGUCCUACGCAGAAUUCGCAAGACCCGGUUUCGUAGGCACAUCCGAAGUGAGAAACUCAUCCUGGUAAUUGUCAUCUCCUUCGGCCUGACCUGGCUGCCUUUCCACAUCAUGAAUAUGGUGGAGGUGGCUGGUGCUUUUCUCCCAGAAGAUCCUCAUCCUCACAGACUCAGUCAAAUCUGGUUAUCUUUCCGGGGCUUCACCUCCACUUUCACCUUCAUCAGCAGCUCUAUAAACCCUGUUCUUUACACUUUUGCUGGAAAGUCCUACAUUAAACGUGAGGGCCUAGCCUUCAUGGCACGGCUGUUUGAGAGCUCAGGGACUGAGUCCACACGAAAGAUCCGGCAGAGUCAGAGCAAUCAAGAGCAAGAGAAGAAAGAAGAGGUCGACCAUCUCAAAGAUGGAAUCUGAUUUCACCAUUAACGCUAAUGCUAGUUUUUACAAUAAAGUAGAGAAAUGGAAAAGGACCUCAGCAUAAACUUGCAGACUGCAGUGGGCUCUCAGUUGCAAAGUUGUCUUGUUUGGGUUAUUUUUGGAUCAAGGCAUUUGCAGUGUGUUUUAUGUAUUUCUGAAAGUUAGACUGAAUGAUGCUGUCCCUGCUGAAAAAUCCAGCACAAACCAGCAUGAAUUCCAUGCUGGUCCAGGCUGUUUUAUGCUGGUUAGUGCUGGUUUAGAGCUGGUUUAGCUGGUGGACCAGUAUAGUAAAGCUGUUCUCAAGCAAACCGAAGCUGAUGAAGCUGGUUCGCCAGCACAGUCUUGCGGGGUUAAGAGUGAGUAGACCAGUUGUCUGUAUGCAAUAAUAUAUAUAUAAUUAUAAUUUUAUUUCUUUUGCUCCCUCUUUUGAAAGUAGAACUGGAGAAAAAAAAUAGUUAUGAUUAUAUUAUUGAGCAAUGUCAUUUGAAGUUUUGAAUAACAAAGUAAAAAUUGUCUCCAGUUCCAAAGGAUCUGCACACAAAUCAGUUCAAAUCAGUUAAAAUAGCUUGUGUACAUUGCAAAACUAAAACAUUUAGACAUAUGAAAACAAAGAAAAAUGCCAAAUAAGCAUUAUCAUAAGCAGUUUGUUCAAUAACAUGGGUUAUGAGAAGUGCUCUUUCAAUGCGACAGUUAAUAGCAACUUGAAAAUGAAAGGUCAAAAUUUAAAUUAGCUGUUUUUAAAGACUUUCAUACUCAAUUGGGAACUCACGUGUCAAAAUCCGGCUAUUAGUCACUGAUUCCAAAAAAAUUACAUAGUAAAAGGUGUCAGUGCAGUCAAGAACAUGAAACUUUGUAGACAAUAGUGAUAGCAAGUACUUUCAACAAUUGCUGAAAGACAGUUAAUUCAAUCAAAGUCAAGAGCCAAGUAAGGCCCAACUGAAGGGAACCCUAAUUAUCAUAAUGGGGACAGACAUAAAGCCAGAUGUUUUUGGAGUUGCAAUGAUUUUAUUUGCAGUUGAUUAAAUAUAAAGGCCUGUACACACCGGGACGAAUAUCGCGCGCGAUUAUUGCCGACGUUUAAUGCCUCAUGACUAAACAAAGGGUGCCAAUGUGAGUGUGCACACCGACGCGAAAAACGCAAGGCGUAAAAGCAUCAUUUUUUAAAAAAACCUCAGGUUCGUUUUUUUGGGGGGUUGACGCGCCGCGUUAAAAACUGGCAGACCAAUGAGAGUGGCGCUUUUGUUCAUGUGCCUGGAGAUGCUGAAGUUACAGUAAAACACGACUUGGUGGCGCUCAAACACAAAAAAUGUCUCGAAAAACGCUGGCGAUAAACGUGUGUGAUAUUCGGCCCGUUGUAUACAGGCCUUAAAGGUCCCGUUCUUCGUGAUCCCAUGUUUCAAACUUUAGUUAGUGUGUAAUGUUGUUGUUAGAGUAUAAAUAAAAUCUGUAAAAUUUUAAAGCUCAAAGUUCAAU